AUGUCUUGCAAACACACUUACUUGCGCUUGAACCUUUUACCAUUCGCGGAAUUGGCGGGUUUCAAAGACUGGCUACCCAUGAAGUCGCGGAAUACGAUGACAGACACAAGACGAAUUUCUCUCUUUGUCGCCCGUGUACCGCAAGCAAGCAAAGAAAUGGACUUCAUGCGCGAGUGGAUAGUGCCUCAUCUGGACGAGGCCCCCACGACCCAGCUAUCUAGCCUAGACACUGAGUUGUUUGUUGAAUACUUCAGAGCAUUUUACCACGGAAUGGACCUCCGGAUCCUGCCAAAUAAAUUUUCCUGGACGUCGUGGGACAAAUCUAUCUACCCAAACCGCCGAGCAAACCUUCCUAAACAUGUGGGUCUCACCGACAGCAAUCAGUCAACGACACGAAUCCGAGUUCGCAGCGUCGCACACAAGUCCAUCACUGCCCAACUCAACCUUAAUGGCAUUCUCGAUACCGCAAUUUCAAUACUGCCUGCUGACGCGUAUGCUCUACGCCUGUUAGUAGACCAUGACAUCUACGAAAACGAUGACGAUGACUUCUGUUGUGGCGUGCGUAUGGAGGAAGCCGCGUUGCUGCGGUUCAAACAGCGCGCUACAACCCGCUACUUGACGUAA